AUGGAUCCCCUCCGGCCUAGCAGCUCGGCCGCAAACCGUGGACCGAGAUCCAACACUCGGAAGCGAGAGAGAGAGGAGGAAAUUUCUUCACCGGCGCAAUUGCCUCCCUCCAGUCCCAUGGCCCUGGCCUCAUCCCCACCCCCGAUGCCAUUUGACGAGGAUGAGGACGAUGAUGAAGAGGCCGAGCUUGUGCCCGAUAUUGACGAUGUGGAUGAAUUAGCCGAGGAUGAGGACGGAAUUGAUCUUUUCGGCGACAACUUUGAGCGGGACUACCACGAUGCCGCAGAAGAUCAGUAUCAAAAUGAGGCGUACAUUGAUGACGACGGAGACCAUGACGAACUCGAUGCCGCCGCUCGUCGGCAACUAGACGCUCGGCUGAACAAGAGAGAUCGGGAACUCCAGCGUCGGCGCCGUAUGCCCGCUGCCUUUCUCCAAGAUGAUGACGAUAUUGAGAUGGAUCUGUCACGCCAGCCCCGCCGUCGCCGACACCACUAUGACGAGGACCGCGAAGAUAUCGACAUGGCAGAUGAAGGGAUGGAAGAGUUGUCUCUUGAGGAACUGGCGGACGUGAAAGCUGCCAACAUCACCGACUGGGUCACUCAACCUCAGGUUCUCCGCUCCAUCUACCGUGAAUUCAAGGCCUUCCUCACGGAGUUCAUCGACCCCAGUGGUCAGUCCGUGUACGGAAACCGCAUCAAGACCCUCGGUGAGGUGAACUCCGCUUCGUUGGAAGUUUCCUAUGCCCACCUGAGUGAGACCAAGGCGGCGUUGUCAUACUUCCUCGCCAACGAGCCUACCGAGGUGUUGAAGGUUUUUGACCAAGUCGCCCUUGAUGUCACCCUUUUCCACUACCCGCAAUACCACGACAUUCACAGCGAGAUUCACGUGCGCAUCACCGAUGUGCCUAUUAUCUACACCUUGCGCCAGCUGCGUCAGUCUCACCUGAACUGCCUGGUACGCGUUAGUGGUGUUGUUACCCGCCGCACCGGUGUCUUCCCGCAGCUGAAGUAUGUGAUGUUCCUCUGCCAGAAGUGCGGUAUCACUCUGGGUCCCUUCCAGCAAGAGGCUAGCCAGGAGGUGAAGAUCUCGUUCUGUCAGAACUGCCAAAGCCGUGGUCCUUUCACAGUCAACUCGGAGAAGACUGUCUACCGCAACUACCAGAAGUUGACUCUGCAGGAGUCCCCCGGAUCCGUUCCCGCUGGUCGCCUACCUCGGCAGCGUGAGGUCGUUCUGCUAGCCGACCUGAUUGACACGGCUAAGCCCGGCGAUGAAAUCGAAAUUACCGGUAUCUAUCGCAACAGCUACGACGCGCAGCUGAACAACAAGAACGGAUUCCCCGUCUUCGCUACCAUCAUCGAGGCCAACCAUGUGGUCAAGUCCCACGACCAGCUUGCCGGUUUCAACUUGACCGAAGAGGAUGUGCACGAGAUCCGGGCUCUGUCUAAGGAUCCCGAUAUCGUGGACAAGAUUGUUCGCUCUAUGGCGCCCAGUAUCUACGGACACUAUGAUGUCAAGACCGCUGUCGCACUAUCGCUCUUUGGUGGUGUCAGCAAGCAGGCGCAGGGCAAGAUGUCAAUUCGUGGUGACAUCAACGUUCUGCUUCUUGGUGACCCCGGUACUGCCAAAUCGCAGGUCCUCAAGUACGUGGAGAAGACUGCUCAUCGUGCCGUCUUCGCGACCGGUCAGGGUGCCAGUGCCGUCGGUUUGACUGCCAGUGUUCGCCGUGAUCCUCUAACAAGCGAAUGGACUCUGGAAGGUGGUGCACUAGUGCUGGCUGAUCGAGGUACUUGUCUUAUUGAUGAGUUCGACAAGAUGAACGACCAAGACCGCACAUCCAUUCACGAAGCUAUGGAACAGCAGACCAUUUCUAUCUCCAAGGCAGGUAUCGUGACCACGCUGCAGGCUCGCUGUGCCGUAGUCGCCGCCGCCAACCCUACAGGCGGCCGCUACAACAGCACCAAGCCCUUCUCCGAGAACGUCGAAUUGACUGAGCCUAUCCUGUCUCGUUUUGAUAUUCUCUGCGUGGUCCGUGAUCUGGUCGAGCCUACCGAGGACGAGCGUCUGGCCAACUUCGUGAUCGAAUCCCACCACCGUGCCAAUCCGGCCCGGCCCCUGCGAAACGAAAAGGGUGACCUAGUUGACACCGACGGUCAUCUCGUUGAUGCAGAUGGUUACCGUAUCGACAAGCAGGGCCGCAGGAUGGCCCCAUCCCAGGAGGAGAUCGCCAGGCGCGCGGCCCAACAGAAGCAGUCCGAGGAGGAGAAGGAGGGUGAGAUCCCGCAGGAGCUGCUGCGCAAAUACAUUCUUUUCGCCCGCGAGCACUGCCACCCGAAGCUGUACCAGAUCGAUCAGGACAAGGUCGCCCGUCUGUUCGCAGACAUGCGCCGCGAGUCCCUGGCCACCGGUGCUUACCCUAUCACUGUCCGUCACCUGGAAGCCAUCAUGCGUAUUGCUGAAUCUUUCUGCAAGAUGCGCCUGUCCGAGUACUGCUCUGCCCAGGACAUUGACCGCGCCAUCGCCGUGACCGUGGAGUCCUUCAUCGGCAGCCAGAAGGUCAGCGCCAAGAAGGCGCUUGCCCGAGCAUUUGCGAAGUACACACUCUCCAGGCCCAAGCCGCAGUCCAAGCGCCGUGCCGGCGUCGCCCAGCCCAACCCGCAUGUGCCCCGAACUUCUUCCGUGGCGCGGUAG